UUACCUUGCGGCAAACGCUUCUAAUUUUCGCCGGAAUCGGCCUCCACCUCGUGCCGCUUGUUCUGGUGCUCAAGGAACCACGUUGGCUGUGUCACACUCAAGAUGGAAAGUCCAAGUCAAACGAAUCCACCUGCCGCAACACUGAAGCGAAGGGUUGCAAAACGAUUCGUACCGAAGAAAAAAACGAGAGGAAUGGGGCCUUUACGCCCGUGCUCUCCAACGCUGCCAGUAUUGUAGAGGUCUCAAGAAAAGAUUCUGGUGCUAAACAAAGAAACGUUUUCAUUCUGCCGUGCCAAGCUUCAGACAAACGGUGGAACGUAGGGGAGGUGAACUCCGAGGCGAUGAAACCAAACACAGAAAUGCCAAGUAGGUCACAAAAUGAAGACGAAGUCGCCGGUAAGAAAAUGAGAGAUUUUGGGAUAACGGAUGCGAAAUCUUCAUGCAGGGGACACUACAGAAAGAAAAGCAGGGCUCUGAGCAUAGCGGAUGUAGAAGACGGUGUGCGUCAGAUUGCAAUGGCUGGUCUGGGUGGUUUCAAGAGAGGAGACAUGUUUCCCGCAGUGAUAAAAGCGCCAACAGGGAAGGAUGCAAGUGACGUACAGCUGCCAGUGCCACGUCAUCUUAUAAAUGAGAGCGUAGCCCAAGUCGACAGCAGUAAAAAUAACGGCGGGGAGAAGCGCGAGGACGGCUCCACGCUUACAAAAGAGGGUUUCGAGACGCGUUCUUUCUCCACGUUAUGCCUGAAGCCAGCGUUCUGGGCCGUUGUGCUCGGGGGGGCGUUAAUCGACUAUACCGACUGUGCUUUCAUGGCGACUAUCGUUGACUCGGCGCUUGACCGAGGAGCAACACGCUUUCAGAGUGACAUGUCCAUUGCCUGCUCGGCACCGUCGCAACUUUUGGGCCGAACCGCGCUGCCUCUCAUCGCCGACCUGGGUUUCGCCGACCGUACAACGCUAGCCUGCUCCUGCUACUUUCUCUUCGCUGCCAGUGCUGCCAUCUUGGCCGCGACGCGAACAUUCGCGCUCUACGCGACGACAUCGGCUGUUGCGUGCAUCUUCAUGGGCUGCAUGACGACGAUGAAGCACGUGGUCGUUGCGGAAUACUUCGGCGUCGAAGUGGUUCCGACGGCUUGGGCUGCCAACGGGGCACUCGUCCUGCCCUUGCUGAUGGGCAACCCUUCCAUAUUGGGGUUCUUCCGAGACAGGCAAGGCUCCUACGACCAAUUUUAUUAUUCGCUCUCGGGACUUCAUGUAGUCGUCGGUGUGGUAUACCUGUUCCUACUGUUUUCUUCAAAAAGAAGCAUCAAAUCCUGGACUCCAACAAAACGGACGAGAUAGAAAUGUAUUCUACUAGCUUGUGACAUUAAAUGAGUGACUGCUUGGGAUGACCGGUGAAACAUUCUUUAAAUAAAAAAAAGUAUU